ACAGAUUGGAUGUGUGUGUUGAGUGUGUGUGAGUGUGUGUUGUGUGUGUGUGGAGCAGUUGCCUCCACACAGCGAGAGAGUCGCUAACCACUGGACUGUAAACGAGAAGGGAAGAUAAAGGAAGACCCUGGGGAGGAAAGAAGCCGAACGAACAGCCGCAGAUUGUGUCCGUGUUCAGUGGCCGACCCUCGGUCCUGGUGGAAGCGGUGCAGCCGGUGGAGCUGACGCGGGCAGCAGUAUGCAUUCAGACUGCAGGCUGCUAUGGGCAGAGCGGUAAUGGUGGGCAGGAGACCGGCAGGGGCCCGGGUCCUGGUCCUGUCGCUUCUCAUCAUCCUCACCGCGGAAACAUGUCGAGCUCAGAAAGGUGACGGCUGUGGUCCCAGUGUGCUUGGCCCACGCAGUGGGACUCUGUCCUCUCUGGGUUACCCGAGGACAUACCCAAACAACACGGUGUGUGAGUGGGAGAUCAGCGUGCCGCGUGGCUACAGGAUCCACUUUCGCUUUGCGGAGCUGGACAUAGAGAACAGGGACUGCCAGGUCAACUACCUCCGCCUCUUCAACGGCAUCGGGCCCAAGAGGAAUGAGAGCGUGAAAUACUGCGGUUUGGGUCUGAAAGUCAAAGAUCUCAUCAAUUCCACCGGCAACCAGGUCACUGUCCAGUUCAUGAGUGGGACCCAUCACACUGGACAUGGAUUCUACCUGUCCUACUCCACCACUGAACACACAGAUCUAAUCACCUGCCUGGACAAAGGAACUGAUUUCCCAGAGGCAGAGUUCAGUAAAUACUGCCCAGCAGGCUGCCUGACGUCCACCGAGGAGAUCUCUGGAACUAUACCGAAUGGCUACAGAGAGUCGUCUCCUCUGUGCGUGGCAGCCAUCCAUGCAGGCGUGGUGUCCAACGCUGUGGGGGGGAUGAUCAGUGUGGUCAGCAGCAAAGGCAUCCCUCACUAUGAGGGCACACUGGCAAACAAUGUCACUUCCACUGGAGGAACGUUGUCAAACAGCCUCUUCACCUUCAGGACCAAUGGCUGCUAUGGGACGCUGGGGUUAGAGUCGGGCAGUGUCGCGGACACUCAGCUCUCGGCUUCAUCUGUGUGGGAGUGGAACCUUGAUCAGUGGGGGCCGUUGGGGGCACGCCUCAAAAAGGCGGGACUGCCCUGGGCGCCCGCUCAGAGCGACCAGCAUCAGUGGCUGCAGGUCGACCUGAAGAGGGAGAAGAGAAUCACAGGCAUCACCACCACAGGCUCCACCCUGAGGGAGUAUCGGUACCACGCCUCAGCGUACCGGGUCCUGUACAGUAAUGAUGCACAGCAGUGGUACAUCUACAGGGAAGCAAACUCCACACAAGACAAGAUUUUCCAAGGAAAUAUGAACUACCUGCAGGAGGUGAGAAACAACUUCAUUCCUCCCAUCGUGGCCCGGUUUGUGAGGGUGAAUCCAACGUUAUGGCACCAGAGAAUCGCACUGAAGCUGGAGCUGGUUGGCUGCCAAAUCCCUGCAGCGAGGCCGAGGACCAACGCGAGGCCAGAACCCGGGAUGAUUCCCACGUUUCGUCAUUCUCCUCCUGCGGGAACAAAGCCCCCCCUUCGCCUCGGCCAAACCACACACACCCCGGAAAUAAGGAACACCACCAUGCCUCCACACAACAGCAAAGAUGUGGCGCUGGCUGCAGUUCUGGUUCCUGUGUUGGUCAUGGUUCUGACUGCUCUCAUCCUCACUGCGGUUUGUGCGUGGCACUGGAGGAACAGGAAAAAGAGCUCAGAGGGAACUUACGAUCUUCCUCACUGGGAUCGAACAGACUGGUGGAAGAGCAUGAAGCAGCUGCUGCCAUCCAAGAUGGUGGAGAGUGAGGAUUCAGUUCGGUACAGCAGCAGUGAGGUGGGCCGACUGACAGGGAGAGGAGCUGGACCGAGACUACACGCUGAGCCUGCAGAAUACGCCCAGCCGCUGGUGAGUGGGGUAACAACUCUGGGUGCACGUUCCACUUUUAAACCAGACGAGGGUCCGGACCCAGGCUACUCUGACCCAGACCUGUACGACGCCCCCAUUUCACCGGACGUGUACCACGCGUACGCAGAACCCCUGCCAGCCUCGGGAUCCGAGUAUGCGACACCUAUUGUGGUCGAUAUGGGUUGCCAUCCCUCAGGUGGCACAUCUUUGGCCCAGCCCCCCGGUUUCAUGGGCGCUGGGCCCGCCUCCCUGCUCACACGGACAGACAGCGGCCAGUCGGGGAGGUCAGCGUACGAUACGCCAAAGAACGCCACUGGACAGGUCACUGAGGAUCUGACUUAUCAGGUACCUCAGAGUUGCACUCAGAAGCAGACGGGACAAAGCUGAGGAGUUGGGAUGCCUAUGGCCUGACUCCGCCCCUCGCUGCUCAGCACAACCCGAGGGCCAAUCACAGAGGGUUUGUCAACGGCCGAGGAGGCGUGACCCUGUGAGCCCUGGAGCCAGGGCCCGAGUCUUGAAUGAACACUACCUUAGCUUUAGAUUCAUCCGGAGAUGUCUGUAUUGCCUAAUUGUUCCUGCAUGGCCACGAUCUGCUUGUGUAGUGCCAUUACAGUCCUAUCACUGAAAGCACGGAGAUGAAUGUGUUAGUGCCAGGCGGGGGGGUAGGAAACGGAGAACGCUGACUACUAUUUGAUUAAGACUUUGUCCCUGUUCUGUGAUUCUUAGUAGUUCUUUCAUUCUGUAAAACUGUGAUAUCCACUAUUCCAUUUUUUUUUACCCUGUUACACGCUAAACCAGGUUCAAAUCGAAUGGUUCUCUUUUUGAAUGAAUUGCAAGUUGUACCCCAGGUUCAAGGUCAAAUAAUUCCUCCUCUCUAGACGGACUCUAGUUUUCAUGGUACGUUCUUUGUCUGACUUUGUUUAAAAGCAUGACUUGAAAUUGUGUAUAGUUAUAUCAAUCCCAUUAAUGCAGAAACUGUUAAAACUCUAAAGUGAUUUACUGAUAUUUAUUUCACAUCCUGCUGAUGAGGAGAGACUCUCAAAUGAAACCCCACAUCAACCACUACUCACUGAUUACAGAUUGAGAAAUUGUGGUUACACUGUCUUAUACUACGAUGGAGUGUUAGGGACAUGAGGAAAUAAGUUCUGAGAUUUCGAGAAUAUAGUUGGAGUUUAGAAGAAAAGAAAUAGGUCGAGAAUAAAGCAAGACCCAAAAUAUUUAGGAAAUAAGCUGCAAUGAGAACCCCUACGUGGCAAAAAUCUUGAACUAAUCUUAUGAAACAAGGCAAUGGCGAUUAAGUCUGUGAUUCUUUAUUUAGGAGACUCAAUUUCUUACACCAUCUUUUCAAAGUCGUGAUAAAAGUGAAAUUUUGUUAUUUGUGAAACAUACUAAGGUAUAACUUAACAAGAUGUUUUACAUUCUUCAUUUUAACGCUGACUACAGACUGAUUUUCUGCUAUUCCCCCUAGAAAAUUUCGCAACAUUUAUGACGAAACAGUUGUCUUGUUAAAGUUCGACUUUCUUCUCAAAAUCCACUUGGCCCUAAUACUCCGUAGUAGUAGAAGCCUUACUGAUGAGUGUUCCCCCCCCAGAGAUGUACAUUAACUUGAAGAGGCUGAUUGGGAGAAUUAAUUCAUCAAACUCCUCCAAAGAGAAAAUACUUUUUAUAGUAUUGGAGACCAAAAUGUUGAAUCACAACACGAUCAUGCCAUCAGCUCAGGUUUAGCCAAAUAAACAGUGAAACAGUCUUAACAUAGGGAAAAAACAUUGUAAUUAAGAGGAUGUUGUAGAAAAAGGUACAGAGAGCAGAGGAAUCUGGGUGAAUCUGUUACAGCUGAGAAAAGUUUCCUGUGUGUUUGUGUAUUUGUGUAUCGUGACGAUUGUCUCAUGUUGAAAUGAGUGCGACGUGUUCCUUCCUUGUUAUUAAUGUGCAUCGACAUCUGUAUGCGUGGAAACCUGUUUCCAUAUUUCAGUCCUGUGUGUGUGUUUGUGUUGUGUGAUGAUAGUUUUUGUAGCACCAGUAGACUGCAUUCCCCUCCUGGCCACCUGUGGUACUGACCCGACCAAACACAACGUGGCAGGAGUGACGAUGGAGCAAAAUGAAAAAUGGACCGAGCUGCUUUAAAACUUUUUUUUUACCGAACAGCAACCUGCCCCGGAGGGAAGGUGUUGUUCACUCACAGCUGUGCCACCAGUCGUGCUUUGAUUAUUGCUCAGUAACCACGGCGAUCGAUACGCAGAGUUUUGGUGCUCGCUCCCUGUUCAGAGGGUUUGUGUUUGUGGCUCUCACAGAUUGUAUAUAGAGAAAUAAAGAGUUAUUACGUCA